AUGAACAAUGAUCUUAAACAAAUAAAGCACUAUUUAGAAACUAAAAAGGAAGAUAUUUCUAGUGUAACUGAUACUGGAACUUGUUUAGGUCCUGAUUUCUCUGAUGUAUAUCCUGUAAAGUACAAAGGGAAAAACAGUGAUCAAAAUAUUUGGUUUAACUACAGAACAUGGUGUAUAAUAAACAAUAUUGAAAAAUAUGAAGUAUAUCAAAUGGAAGUAUUUAUGCACAAGUAUUUACACUGUGAAGGGGAGACAUUCGAUCUUAAGAAAACUCUUGUAUAUCAUAUUGAGCAUGAGAACCCACAGUACCAGCUUAUAAGGGAGGAUGUGCUAAGAUUUCGUCCUUACAUACAAACUAAUCAAGCAUUAAUGGAAUUUCCUAGCAUUCCUGAUGAUUUCUUUGGCACAAGUGAUAUAAAUGUAAUUGCUGGAGGGGGAAGCAAGAAGUUUGACUUUGAGGUACUUGAUUUAAAUCCACAUCCUUUUUUAAAUAAUUUGUCCUUCAUUGAUCGUGUAGUUACUGUUGUUAUACUAGUUUGUGAGUAUUUUAACUGUGAUUAUCUUCAGGGAAUACAUGAUAUUGUUGGAUGCUUAGCAUUUUUGAGAGAUCAAAAUAACUUACCUCUAAUAUAUCACUUGAUUUUAAGUACUAAUAUUAUUAAAAGAUGGAGUCCAUUUUUUACUAUUUCUAAGAGUAUACCAAAUAGAAUUAAUUGUUCUAGGACAAAUUCGUCUGUAAAUCAUAUAUUUACGUCGGAUACUACUUUAAAAGAUCAUUGUGGAGAUAAUUCAGAGAAUAUAGAUUCUGAGGAGUUAUAUUCGAAAUUCUGUCAUAUUUCUAAAAAAAUUGAAAUUGAAGAUAGCCAAACUGAUCUUUAUAUACAAAAACUGUUUGAAGAUGAUUUUACAAGCCCUAUAGGCGAAAGAAAAACUGAAAGUUUUGAAAUAAUGGCAGAAACAAUCAUACAAGAAAAUUCCCACAACUCUGAAUAUAUAAAUUUACAUCUUUCUGAGGUAAAAAGUUUAGAAAUAAAUUUGGAUAACUCUAGUGGACAAGGAAAUUCCUUUGUAGAGAAUAAUUUUGCAAUAGAGAAUUUAAUUAAAAUGUGUAAUGUAUUCCACAUAAUUGGCAGCUAUCAUAUCCCGAAGAUUAUAGCUGAAGUAGAUCAAUUUAUAGGUACGACAACUUGGUGUUGUAACUUUUUUGUAACUUGUGGAAGUUGUUACUUUUAUGAAGUUCCUAAUGUAUUGCUUUUCUGGCUACAAUUAAUGUUUUGCUCUGAGAGAACUAUCUACAGACCAGCAAUGUACCCAGUUAUCCCAGAGGGUUUGCAGAUGGCAGGUUUUUUAUUAUCUGUAUUGAAGGCUGCAAGUCCAAUAUUAAAUCAUAAUAUUUCAUUACUUUUUACAUCAGAUUUUAAAUUAGAUAUUGGGAUUAAUCUAAGAUUAGGUAUUGUAAGUACUCUGCAGCCAAAUUUAUUUCUAAAUAAAUUGAAUUCAGAACCUUCUUUGAUUAACUUCCAAAUUGAAGAGACCCUAGUGUCUACGAUAGCUAAAGAUAAGAAGUGUAUGGCCAUUGAUAUAUUCCAACUUAUUUUGGUAAUGGAUAAUAUUCUUGUUAAGACUCCAAUAUCUCUUCAAUUUGAAGUUCGGGAUACUUUCGAAGUAAUGGAUCAAUCAGAAAGUACUUCAUAUACUCAUAAUGAGGAUCAAUUUACUAUUAACCGAUUUAUUCACGUACUGGAAUCUGAGGAAAUUAUCAACUAUGAUAGUAAAACUAACCUUGAACUUUUUCAGAAGACAAACUACAAAAGUUAUAUAGAAGGUCCAACUCAAAUAAAAAGUUGCAUAACUGGCAGAGAUAUCAUUUUAGUCGAUUUACUAACACAUUCACUUUUAUUUAAGCAACAUAUUCAAGGUAAUUUAGAUUCAAAUUUAAACUUGAAUUCACUUUCUGAAAGUAAGGAUUUACUUACAAAUUUAUUUAUUUCAAGAGAUAAAAAACAAAAAUAUAUACUAGAUGAGAACUUUUCAGCUCUACUUCUACUUCCUAUUCUAAGACACUGUCUCAAGUCAAUUAGAAUUGUAAAGAUACCUGUUGAAAAAGAUCCAGUUCACUCGGAACUUUUUAUUACUCAAGGAGCACUGCAGCAAUUUUUUGAGUUUGCUACUCGUCGUCAAUUUACACUAACAGCACAAUGCCGUCCUUCGAUGUGGAUUGUUGUUGGCCCUAAAGCCAGUAAUUUGCUAAAUAAUUUUUUUUCCAAAAUGCUACAAAAUAAUAUAAAGGGGGUUCAAACUGUUUGCCCAGGCGAUCUAAUAACAACUUUACUGAGCCACCACUUUAGUGGUGGAAAUAGUAUGGAUAUGAUAUGGGGAGAUAUUGUCAGUAGCUCAUUGAUUAAUCAAGUAACUUUACUUGGUAAACAGGAAUAUAUCUGUAAACAAAUCCAGAGUCUCUUAGUACAUCAAGAUGAAAUCAAGAACUUGAAUAGUGAGGAUAAAGUUACUGAAGGAGAAAAAUAUACUAAUAUUUCAUCUUUAAGUGAUAGUCAGAGCUCCGAAAACAAUAGCUACAACUUAGAAUUGUUAAGUGAACAAUAUGAUAUUGAUUAA